AGAGAGGGAAGGAGGGAAGGAAGGAGGGGCCUGGGGAGGCCAUAAAGAGGGAGAAGCAGCGCUUCUUGUGCGCCUGGGACCGGCAUCCCUCCCUGGGCCUCCUUGCGGUGGCUGCCGGUGUCUAGUCGGGGGAGGAUGCGGGAUCACCUGUGGGGCUGCGGCCACGGGGCCGGGUGGGGCCUCGGCUCGGGCUCGGAGGUGCUGCGCUGCUGGGGAGCUGGAGAAGCGGAGCGCCAGCCGUUCCAGGUGUGGAAGAAGAAGCGGGUGGUGCUGGGGGACCUGAGCCUCUUCCCGCCGAGCGGGAGAGGAAAGACGCCGAAGGGCAAGGCGCUGGGCCUGGGCUCCAUCGCCAAGGUGGACUGCGUGGAGCGGACCGGGUACCUCUACUUCACCCUGGUCACCACCGACCGCCGCGAGAUCGACUUCCGAUGCCCCGGAGGCACCGGCUGGAACGCCUCCAUCGCCCUGGCCCUGAUCGACUUCCAGAACCAGAGCGCCCUCCGACGCUUCCGCGCCCGAAGGAGGAACCGGACCCCCGGGAAGAGGAGGAAGAGGAGGAGGAGAGCCCCCCGGGGGCAGAGCCGGACGCCGGGAACAGCAGCCCCCGCCCAAGACGGCCCCCCGGGAACGCCGCGCUCUGAGGAAGGCAACGGACGGAGACCAGUAGACUCUACUUCUGGAUGACAAGAUCAGUUAUCUUGGACUUUGAAACAGGACAGGAUACCAAUGAAGGAAAGCAACCAAGGAUGCUAAAAUGCCUGGUUUCCUCCCGGUGUGAUGCAGUACCAGAGCAAAGAGGCCAAGUGUCCCCUGUCCUCCCUCCAGGCAUUUACAAGCCAAAGACUUUGAAAAAGAAAAAAAACUUAAGGGAAAGGAUGGCUGUGUGCGCAGGAUGUUUCACUUUGAAAAAUGUUUUUUCCCUAUUUAUAAGGAUGAAAUGAAUAUUCAGCUCCUGUUGAUAAAAAAACUACUUUAAAUUAUUUGUAAUAUCUAUAUUUGUAUUUAUUUUGAUAAAUAUCCUUAAGCACAUUUGUCUUAAAAUUGCUUUUAGCAUUUAAAUGUGUCCAUUCCAGAUUAAAUGCUUUUUUAUUACU